AUGACUGAGGAGGAGGAGGAUGACAAUGAUACUGACCAGGAUGUAGAUGUACCACCUGAUAUUGAUGAUGAUAAUGAUGAUGAUGAGAAAGAAGGAGAUGAUUCCAUCGGUCCACCAUUGAAUAGUUAUUUAGAGGAGGAAGGACUGCAGAGAACAGCAGAAACGUUUCAGGAAGAAUGUAGUGAUGCGAAAAAGGAUCCUUUAUCACAAUAUUCUUCUCUGAAGACAAUAUUGGAGGAGUAUACUGGAAUAAAGGAAACAGCAAGAGAUCCUGACAGUGAUCCUGCUAAGGUUAUAACAUCCCUCUGGAAAAAGUUAGAUGUUGUUGUUGGACAGCUUAAGUAUCAUACUAUCCCUGAAAGUAAGGUUCCAAGAGUUAAACAAAGGACAAAUAGAAGAUGUGCCUUCAAUCUACAAACAGCAAGACCUGUGUCCAGCCACCUAAACACAACAGCAAACAGCAAACAUAAGAAAAAUCCUUCACAGAACAAACAAGACUUUGUAUCCAUUUCAAAUGGAAGUCACCAUGUUUUUCCAAGUGCAACAGCUACUGACUCACCAAGGGUACCAUCUACUCCAGYGACAGCCAGUAUUGACCUGACACUGUCUCCUAGUUCAAGGAAUAACCCAGGGCACAUCGUGUCCAGUACCUCACUUGAGAAGCAACAGCCCCAAAAGAAUAUUGACAAUUCUGGACGUAAUGUACCAAGUGGCCAACCACUUCAAAGCUAUUCUGGUCACCAACAAAUGUCAAAACAACACAACACUUCAAUUUCAACUUUUUCAAAUGAUUUCAGACAAGAAUGUUCUCUUACUACAACUGUGCAAACUCCAAGUUCAGGCUCACUUGUAUGUACGUGUUCAGAUAAUUCCGACUCCACAGAAGUCCCUUUGAUUGACGUUGUCGGCAAUAGAACUACAUCUCCAUUGAAGGCAAAUAAUGAUACUGUGAUGCAAGAAAGUAGUGCAAUUGAUAGACAUUAUGACACGGUUAGCAACAAAAUCGAGAUACUUUCCAAGUCACCCAAGAGGAAAGGGAUAGCUCAGGUAGACCCUGAUCCUGGUGUGCCGGCAGACAACACUUUUGACCUCCAGCAGUUGUUGGAUGGUGGUAACCUUGACAUUGAUGCUGCUAUGCCACUCCUUCUAGACACAUUCCUCAGCACUCCUUCACUGCAGGAGAAACUGGCAGAAAAUAUCAACAAAGUUGUUGGCAGUACAAAACAAAAUGAGGCUGCAACAGAAGUGCUGUCAGAUUCCAGUCAAGUGCCUUCAAGUAAAGGUGAUGAUGCAGCUUCCAAUCAUCAUGAUGAUCCACAAGUUCCAGUGGAUGACAUAUUAAACUUGAUGGAAGCAGAUCCAGCAUUUGACRCUCUUUUCGAUUUACUUUCAACAGAUGCAGUCAAAACAGCAAGUCCAGCCAAGAGUUCUCAAGCUGUUGCAACAUGUACUUCCUAUUCUGAACCAGUGUCUAGUGGAUGUCCUACUGUCACUGCUUGUUCUUCUGUAGAGCCUGUAUCUACCUGGAGUACUACCAGCACUACACAUUCCUCAUCCCCUGAUAACAAUGUUUCAGCAAUAUCAACAGUUACAGAAUCACUCCUGUUACUUGCCAGUAGCCCAUCAAAGUGUGUAACAUCCACAUCAACUACAUCUUCUCUGGAUAAUCUACAUCCUAUUUCACCAAAAGAAGUCACACCUGAAUUUGUACAUAAACAGCACAAAGAAAACCCAUUGAUUGGUUCCUGUGUGGAUGGUGAGUUAGAUUCAGGAUUAGGUGGUCCAGGACAUGUGCGAUCACUUCAGUUUCUAGAUCAACRACCAACGGCACCCAUAGGGAAACCUAAGAAAUCCAAGCCUGCAAAGCAAAAGAGGAAUGUUUCAAAAACGACAUCAAWUAAAGCUGGUAGACAGAGAAUGAAGACGCUGAACAGCCAAAAUUGUCAAGUUGGUGAGCUGUUGCAGGGGACGAAUCCGCAGGAGACAUCGGCAGGGAACAUACCUGGUGUUGCUGCUGGAGAACCAGUUAACCUGUCAACAAUUGAUCUCUCAGCUGUCAAAUUACUUCAGUCGUUUGCUUCCUUGCAUUCAAAUGGCAAUGGGAAUGGAAUGGGAACGGGAACUGGAGUGAAAAAAUCCCAGGGAAGUAGCAUGGUUCAGUUGUUACAAGAUGCAGCAAUUCAUCAACAAGUACGAGGGGUGUCGACUGUCAAUCAAAAACAGACAGUUGGUGCUUCACAGAGUUUAUCACAGAAGGAAUUAAUCCCAAGAAGUCUGCAAACAUUAGCUCCAUCUAUUGCAUUAUCUUCAUCAUCAUCUAAUGCCAGUAAAGGUAUAGAUCAAGUGAAAAGUGUGAAUAUAUCACAGCAAAGUGUACCUCUAAGACUGAUUGCACCUGCACCAUCAGUAAAUCACCAAGGUGGAAGAACACUGCUUCCACAUCCAAGUAUCCAGUCUCAAGUUUAUAGUGUGCCACUUUCAACCACUCUGCCAUCAACAAAAUCAUCAUUUACAUCAUCUUUGUCAUCAGCAGCUGGGUCAUCAUCAGUAACAUUUGCUCCAGGGAUGCCUCAGUCAUCAUCAUCAUCUUCACUUGCGUCAUCUUCACCACUUUAUCAGUUAUUGUCAAUGCCACCAUCAAAACCAUCAUGUGUGCAACCACCACAAUCAUUAUCAUCACAUCCCCACAGCAUUCAUAUCUUGACUCAUCCCUUGCAACCACACUCCAAAAAACUCUUAAACAAACAAUAG